UUUUUUCUUUUGACAUAAAAACCCUGCGGUUAAAUAUUGGAAGUUACUCCAGUAAAAGCCCUAUAGUUACUCCCACAAAAGAAAAAGAACCCUGUACAAGUCUCGCUUGCACUCCCGGCGGCCGCCGCCGCUUCAAGGCCAACGCCGGCGUCAAUCUCUUCCAGAACAACGUCUCUGCUCUCCGACAAGUCAGUCCAAAUUUCCGUCCUCGCCGCUCUUUUCAACUCGAUCGGUUUCAACGACUCGCUGCAAGUCACUCCCUAGUCUCUUCGCGGGGGAUUCAAAAUUGGAUUCUCCGCUGCUUCAAUAAAAGAUAAAAUCUCCGGCCACCUGUGAAAGAGCGAGCUCGUUGCCCCAUCUCCAAACCGCUGCUCUGGUGGAGUUGUAUUAACCUCUCAGAUGGCGUCCGGCCGCCCUUAUUCUAGGAAUCCUUCCCGUGGUCGUGGCCGUGGCGGUCCUCGUGAGUUUCAUCAGGGAGAACCCUACAUCCUGUUCCCUGAAGUGAAAUUGCCUGAUCCCAAGAACGUGAAGGAGGAGAAGAACCUGGUUGUUGUGAAUGCCAAGUUCCAAGCUUUCUGGAAAGCUUCCUGUUACUACCUAGAAGAAGCUACGGAUGCUGGUCCAAAGAAGAGUUGGAGCAUGGAAGUAGAGAGAUUCGCUGACAGGGGGAAGCCGAAGGUCACAUCGAAGCGUAGUUCGCUCGAUGAGUUUCUGCAGUUUGGAUCUUAUUAUUUCCCCAAGGAAUUGGUUGGAGGAAAGAAGGUUGUGAGGAGAUCGAAGAAAGCGCGAUGGGACCAGGCUAUGGAUGCCCUUGAAACUCUCGAGGACAAAGAGGCGAAAAAGAAAGCCGUGGGUGGCCAGGAGAAAGAAGGUGAAGAAGAGGAAGAGGAAGAAGAAGUGGAAACAUUCGAGGAGGAAGAUUUCAGCGACGAUGACUAUAAUCAGAAUGAGUACUUCGACGACGACGAAGAUGAUUUCAACGUCGAUGCUGGCGAUGAUGAGGGCCCUUUAUACUGAAGGUUACAACGACAGCACGAUCUUCUCGAGACGUUCCUCCACUCGUAUUCCGUUCGUUCUACCAUUGAAUAUAGCUCGAAGAACAAUCAUAAUCGUAUUUUUUUACUGGAGUCGGGAUCAUGUUAGUAUUUGUGAGAGAUUGAAUAGAGAGCAAUUCAAUGUCAUGUACAAAUUAUCGUUCAAUAUGGUUUAAACAACGUGUUGGUUUCAAUGAAAUAUUAUCAGCCAU